CGGGAUGCCGGCAGACGGGCGAUACGCGUUCCUGGUGGAAUGGCUGGACCCGCAGGCGCAGCUUUUACGGCAAUACAUGUUGUUCUAUUACACUGUGGACCGCACGAUCGAGAUGGAUGACGUGAAGAAUCGGAGGAAGUUUUUAAGGCGAUGUGAAUUCCCGACCAUCACCUUUGAGGACCUCUAUGUUGGCGGGACUGUCAGCGUCUACUCGCGGGAGUUGAACAUAGUCGACUAUGGCGACGAGUUCACGAAGAGCGCCAUAGAGAAGAAGAGCGAGAGGACGCUGGGGCUCAUCAAGCCUGACGCCUUCCUCAAGGUUGGCAAGAUCGUCGACGCUAUCUACAAGGACGGCUUUCGUGUCGCGCAGCUCCGCACGCUUCAGCUGACGAGGCGGGAUGCCAUGGAGUUCUACGCGGAGCACGAGGGGAAGCCCUUCUACCCGGCGCUGACUGAGUUUAUGUCCUCCGGCCCCAUCGUCGCGAUGGAGCUGGUGGCGGAUGGGGCCAUCCAGAAGUGGCGGAAGCUCAUCGGACCCACCAACACCUUCACGGCUCAGAAGGAAGCCCCGAGUUCUCUCCGAGCUCUCUUCGGGACUGACGGGACGCGCAAUGCCUGCCAUGGAUCAGACUCGACGGCGUCUGCUGAUCGAGAGCUGGGGUUUUUCUUCGGCUCUCCCUCCCGAUUCCCUUCCACUGCUCGCUUCAACAACUGCACUCUGGCUGUGAUCAAGCCUCAUGCCGUCAAGAACGGGCACGCAGGAGCCAUUCUGGAUGGGAUCAUAGAGGACGGGUUUGAAAUCUCUGCGCUGCAGCUCUUCAAUAUGACGCGAACUAAUGCGUCCGAGUUCCUGGAGGUCUACAAGGGCGUUCUCCCCGAGUACAGCAAGCUUGCCGAGGAGCUGAGUAACGGCCCUUGCUUUGCUCUCGAGGUUCGCUCCGAGAACGCCGUCCAGGCCCUCCGCGAACUCAUCGGCCCUCAUGACCCAGAGCUCGCCCGUGUCCUCCGUCCAACAACCUUGCGAGCUCAGUUCGGAGUGGACAAAGUCAUGAACGCUAUCCAUUGCACAGACCUGCCCGAGGACGGCCAGUUGGAAGUGGAAUACUUCUUCCGGAUUUUACAGAACAACUGAAACUCACACUGACAAGGACGAUCGGGCUCGGCAUGUUGUUGGAUACUUGUGUAAAUUCUUCUCUGUUGCCUC